AUGUUCGGCCGCGCACCGAAGAAGAGCGACAACACCCGGUACUACGAGAUCCUAGGGGUCUCCAAGGACGCGUCACAGGAUGACCUCAAGAAGGCCUACCGCAAGGCCGCCAUCAAGAACCACCCCGACAAGGGCGGCGACCCGGAGAAGUUUGUUUUGACUCACUUGGAUAACAGGCAGCUGCUGAUCAAAUCGAACCCUAGCAAAGUUGUGAAGCCUGAUUCUUUCAAGGCAAUCAACGAUGAAGGCAUGCCCAUGUAUCAGAGGCCCUUCAUGAAGGGCAAGCUGUACAUCCACUUCUCGGUGGAGUUCCCGGACUCGUUGAGCCCGAAGCAGUGCAAGGCCCUGGAGGCUGUUCUCCCGCCCAAGCCAGUAUCACAGCACACUGACAUGGAGCUGGACGAGUGCGAGGAGACGAUGCCCUACGACGUGAACAUCGAAGAGGAGAUGCGGAGGCGGCAGCAGCAGCACCAGCACCAGGAGGCCUACGACGAGGAUGAUGAUGUGCCAGGCGGUGGGCAGAGGGUGCAGUGCGCCCAACAGUAG